AUGACGAACAAUGUUUUAAUUAAAUUGCCUUGUGUCUUUCUAGCCCUGAAAAUAGUAAAUGUCAACUGGCAAUCCAAACUAAAUAAAGCUGCACACCACACCUCUGAUUACAGCAGCACAGAAGCAAUUUUGAGGAGAGGUCAGGACUUCAAUAUCACUCUGAACCUCCGAACAACAGUGCAAUCUGGGGACAACUUCACCUUUAUUGCAAGCACAGGACCAUCUCCAGCAGAAUCGCAGCAGACCAAAGCCAUAUUUAACCUUUCUGAAAAGGGUGCCAGUGGCUGGAGUGCAACCCAAGAGCCCAGUGAGCCUGGCUGCAUGAACUUCAUAAUAUGCAGUCCAGCCAAUGCUGUCAUUGGACGAUACAAACUCAAGCUCCACAUUGUUUCUGGGAACAAGAGCUCUUCAACACUCCUGGGCCAAUUUGUGCUACUCUUCAAUCCCUGGUGUCCAAAUGAUGAUGUCUAUAUGGCUAAUGAAAAGGAGAGAUGGGAGUAUGUCCUGAAUGAGAGUGGAAUCAUAUUUCAGGGAGUGGAAAAAUAUAUUCAACAAGAAGCUUGGAACUAUGGACAGUUUGAAGAGGAUAUCCUUGAUAUCUCUCUGGCUAUACUGGAUCGAAGCCUGAACCACUGCCAAGAUCCAGCUGUUGAUGUAUCCAACCGAAACAAUCCUAUCUACGUGAGCAGGGUUGUCAGUGCUAUGGUUAACAGCAAUGAUGAAAAAGGAGUAGUGGAAGGGAAAUGGAAUGGAAAAUACUGCUCAGGAACCAACCCCCUGCAGUGGAGUGGAAGUGUGACCAUCCUUCGAAAGUGGUACAGGGGGAGAUACAAACCUGUCCGGUACGGCCAGUGCUGGGUCUUUGCAGGAGUAAUGUGCACAGUUCUGCGAUCCUUGGGAAUACCUACUCGUGUUAUUACAAACUUCAACUCUGCUCAUGACAGGAAUAUAAAUCUAAGUGUUGAUAAGUACGUUGACAUUUCUGGAAAGACCCUGCACUUGACCGAAGACAGUGUGUGGAAUUUCCAUGUUUGGAAUGAAAGCUGGUUCAUUAGAAGAGAUCUUGGCUCUUUUUAUGAUGGAUGGCAGGUUCUGGAUGCAACGCCCCAGGAAAGGAGCAAAGGCAUAUAUCAGUGUGGUCCUGCCUCCACUAGAGCCAUUAAGGAAGGGGACGUGAACCUGGAUUAUGACAGUUCAUUUGUAUUUGCAGCAGUGAAUGCUGACUGUGUUACCUGGAUUCACUAUAGCAACAAAAGAAAAGAGAGAAUUUAUUCCGAUACUAGGAAGAUUGGAAAAUGUAUCAGCACCAAAGCAGUGGGCACCAACUCCCGUGUGGAUGUCACUGCUAAUUACAAAUAUCCAGAAGGAUCCCGGAAAGAAAGGCAGGUGUAUAAAAAGGCACUGAAGCUGCUUGGGGUAAGACGCACUGGGAAAAGAACCAAAAUUAAAAGACACAGAAGACAAUCUUCAGUAACAUGGAGACAAAAUAUGACACAGCCUGCACAAACCCCCAGUAUCUCAGGGAAGCUGAUCCUUGAUGCAUCUCCUGUAAUUGGCCAAGACAUCCUCCUAACCUUGGCACUCAAGAAUUUAAUCUCAGAUUUCAAGAUGGUUAAGGUUAAACUGAGGGCUUCAGCCAUUCUCUACACAAGAAAACAUAAGGCAGAGAUUUUGCAGUUGUCUAGGUCUAUCAAACUUGGAUCUGAAGAAGUGAAAAAGAUUUCAAUCAAGAUCUCCUAUUCCCAGUAUAAAAAUGCUCUGAUGGAUGACAGGAAGAUCCUAGUGACUGCUGUGUGUGAAACCAAACAGGGAGCCUCGCUUCUAGUGGAGAAGGAUAUUGUACUUCAGCAUCCUUUUCUCACCAUCAAGGUCCUUGGUCCAACAGUGGUACACAAGGCUGUUAAUGUGCAGGUCACAUUUACCAACCCACUGCCUGAAGUGGUGACAGACUGUGUCCUGAGAGCAGAAGGUAGCGGCCUGCUCAAAGAGCAACUCAGAAUCAAUGUUGCAAGAAUGGACCCCAUGGAGAGCUCAACAGUCCAAUUUGAAAUCAUACCCUACAGCAGUGGCAUGAGGCAGCUUCAGGUAGACUUGGUUUGCAUAGAUUUCUCAGACAUUAAGGGGUUUGUGAUGCUUGAUGUGGCUCCUGCUCAGUGA